CGUCCCACUGGGAGCCGCUCCAAGAUUGCCGUGGAAGAUGCGGCCGGGUUGCUGCCGGGGCGGGUGUUGCUCCUGACCUGGCACGCCUGGCAGCACCGGGGUGGGCACACGGUGGGGGCUGGUCUGGCGGUUCAUCAGAUAAUCACUAUUACCGUGUCCCUCAUCAUGGUCAUAGCCGCUCUGAUAACAACUCUUGUCUUAAAGAAUUGCUGCGCACAGAGCGGGCGCCCGCGCCACAACAGCCACCAGCGUAAGCUGGACCAGCAAGAGGAGAGCUGCCAGAACUUGACCGACUUCGCCCCCGCCCGCGUGCCCAGCGCCCUCGACAUCUUCACCGCCUACAACGAGACGCUGCAGUGCUCCCACGAGUGUGUCCGGACCCCCGUGCCCGUCUACGCGGAGGAGGCGUUGCACUCGCCCGGGGAUUAUAAAACGACCUUCAAUGGAAACAGACCCUCUUCUUCUGACCGGCAUCUUAUUCCCGUGGCCUUUGUGUCUGAGAAAUGGUUUGAAAUCUCCUGCUGACUGGCCGAAGCCUGUUUGACUUCUGGGGGCAGGGCAGACGCCAUCGGGCUGUUUCCUGGAUUCCAUUGGUGAACCUGUAAAAAAUAUAACAAAAUAAUGGGUUACCUGUACCUACCAUUUCUGUUUACCAGUAGGAGACUCAAAGAGCAGCGUUCUACGGGCCAAAUAUAUUUUUAUAAAAAUGAACACGCCUGUAGGUACCUGCGUUUUUGAAGGAGCGCGGUUUUUUUUGAAGAAGAAAGAGACAAACGUGCGAGCAAAGAAUCCGGCGGAGGAAGAGGAACCGGCGAGGGACUGAGAGGGAAGGGCUGAGCGCCCGGAGCCUGGACGGGGACUGUGACUCUGAACCUGUGCCAAUAAUACCAUUAUGUGCCACGUACCGACGCAGAGACUUGGCCAGAAGCCGAAGCGAAGUCGGUAACGCUUAGAAACGUUGUGGAGGAUGAGUGGGGCGUCUCUUCUGGUGGGGUCCUUCAUUCCGGUCCAUAC